CCCUUCCCUACCACUCCUCCUCUACUCUCCUGACUGCCUGUUUCAUCAGGCCACCGACUCCCCGUCUCUUCACAUCGGCAACCCUGCAUUUCCCUCGUCCUUUCCUCCAGUAAAUCCGCUUUUCUGGCCUUGGUGCGGUACUUGCGGGUGUAAUGGUUUCAUGCUAUUGCGGCACACCUCUUCGUAGCUGUCCGCUAACUUGACAUCUGCAAAACGCCUCUAUCUCUCUGAUGCAGCUUUCCUCUGCCAGCUUGUGAUGCUUUGCACGAGAAAUGGAAUUCGGAGCUGCUGUUGAAUGUGGCUAGUGAUUUUUGGAAAUCACGUAGAGGGUUCUUGUCGUCAGGCGACAGGAAAUGCUUCUGAUUGUCCACUUACUUCGCCAUCCCUUUUUUUUAGCUCUGCUGCAUUUUCAUGUGGGCUCUGACGCCUUUCACUUAGGUUUAUUAUGAGCACUAGCCUGCUUGUGGUGGAUUGUGCUUGAGGAGCCGUGAUAGAAGGAAGUUGAUACAUUACCGAGAGGAUUAUGUUGUCCGAGAGGUGUAGUACGACAGAGCGGAAUCGGAGGUUAGGAGUUGGUCAUUAAGCUGUGCAUUCGCUGUGGUAGCCGAGAAAACAGUAGUUUGGGGAGGGGAGGAAUUGCAGCUGCAGUAGUUACCGAAAAGAAGGCAAGCUGGAGGAAAGAGGAGCAAAAACGGAUUGGUUAUCGAGAACCCGCGCAGAUAUGGCGGUGACGCCAAAGUUUGACACAUUGAAGCCGCUCCCCGCCCGGCGGCACUCACUUGACGUUGUAUCAGGACGAAGAACCUCACGUGCUAGUUUCUCUAUGAAGCGCACGAAUGAGUGGGUACUAACAACGGAUGUUCCCAGCGACUUAGUUGUCGAAGCCGGGGGCAUGAAUUUUUCGUUACACAAGUUUCCACUGGUUGCAAGGAGUGGACGUAUAAGGAAACUUGUACCAAAUUUGGUAGACAACGAGAAUCCCAACUUGCUGCGGCUUACUGACGUACCUGGGGGUGCCGAGGCUUUUGAUCUAGCGGCUAAGUUUUGUUACGGCAUCAACUUUGAGAUCACAACGUCAAAUGUAGCUGUAUUGCGGUGUGCUGCUGAGUAUUUAGAAAUGACAGAACCUUACGGCGAAAACAACCUGGUGGCACGAACUGAGACCUUUCUCUCGGAGGUCGUCUUGCAAAGUCUGGCAGAUUCCAUUGCCGUUCUUCAUAAUUGUGAGAACCUUCUUCCCCUUGCAGAAGACCUGGGAAUCGUAAGCAAAUGCAUAGAGUCUGCAGCAACGAAAGCUUGCAGGGAACAGAACACCAAUGCCAUAGGUCGCUCUGAAUUAGGUGGUUCAGGCCGCUCUGAGAAUUUUAAGCUGUCAAGUAGCAGUAAUUUUUCACAUGCCAGCAAAGUUCCCAUGGCGGACUGGUGGGCCGAAGAUUUAGCUGUACUGCGCAUUGAUUUAUACCAAAGGUUAUUAGCUGCCAUGAGAACGAAGGGCCUACGGGUGGAGAGUAUCGGAGGGGCGCUCAUGCAUUUCGCUCAUCGGUCUCUUAAGGGAUUUAAUAGGAAACAAAACGGGAGAAGUGAUUUGAAGCCCCCAAAGAUGAAGGUUCACGACACUUCUACAGCGAUGGAGCACGAACAACGUAUUCUAGUGGAAACCAUCGUCAGCUUACUGCCUCCUGAAAAGAACACAGCUUCGUGCAGCUUCUUAUUUGGAUUACUUCGAACAGCAAUUAUGUUAGAUACAACCUUGGCAUGUAGACUGGAUCUUGAAAAGCGAAUUGGAAUGCAGCUGGAGCAGGCAACGUUGGAUGAUCUGUUAAUUCCUUCCUUCUCCUACACAGGAGAUACCUUGUUUGAUAAUGACAUAGUUCAUCGUAUUGUCGUCAACUUUCUGCAACAAGAUGACAGUGAUGAUUUACAAGUGGCCCACACCAUGUACGAUUCAGAUAAUGGAGGAUCUCUUUCUCAAAGUGCGAUGAUGAAGGUAGCAAAGCUGGUUGAUAGCUAUCUGGCAGAAAUUGCACCUGAUGCAAACCUUAAGCUUUCCAAGUUUCUUGCACUCGCUGAAAUCUUGCCUGAUUAUGCAAGAGUGGUGGACGAUGGACUGUACAGAGCAAUUGAUAUUUAUCUCAAGGCACAUCCAGCAUUGUCCGAGGUGGAUAGAAAGAAAUUAUGCAAGUUGAUGGACUGCCAGAAACUAUCACAAGAGGCUUGCACACAUGCAGCCCAAAAUGAAAGGUUACCGGUGCAAGUGGUUGUCCAAGUUCUUUACUUUGAGCAGCUACGAAUGCGAAAUGCGCUUGCGGCAGGAGCUUUUGCUGAUGCGACGGACACUGGCGGCGGAAACUACCAACACCGGCUGGGCAAUGAGAAUCUGAGUGCUGCACAUUCACCAAAAGAUAGUUAUUCCCUCAUUCGGCGGGAGAAUAGAGAACUCAAGUUGGAACUUGCGCGAAUGCGGAUGCGGUUAACUGACCUUGAAAAUGAUCAUGCGCUAAUGAAGCAAGACAUGCAGGAGAAACCUGUAAAGAGCUCAAAAUCAACAGUUGGUAGGAAAUUAAGCAGAUUAAACCCAUUUGCUCGCAGAGACUCGAAAGACUUAAGCUCCAGUAAUGGCAGUGCCAAUCCUGUUCAAGUUACAGAAUCUAAUUCGCGAAGUGGAUUCGGUAGGAGACCGAGAAGGCACUCAAUCUCAUAGUGAUGGUGUUGCUUCGCAGCUUAGGGACAAAUAUACUGGUACCAAAAUUAAGUUGAGGAAGUGAUUAGUUUGCAGAAGUAUGAUAGGAUGCCAACUGUUCAUGUCAUCGCAGCGUCUGUACAUGUUAUCGCAGCGUCUAUACAUGUGUACCAUUAUCAUGUCAAGGUGUAUGAGGUUAAAGUUUUCUCGUGUGCGGGUUCUUUGCUAGCCGGACCUGUGCAAGACUAUGAAUCAAGUGUAUGUAGAAGGGAGGUUUAAAUAGUUACAGGUUGAAAAUCCUGCCUUUUUAAUAGUAGCAAAGGUAAAUUAGUUGGGAGCACUGAAUUUUGGACAUUAAUACGUAGGCCAUUUCCCUCAUUACUUCUAAGUAGUGUACCCUGGAUUUUUUGCGCUUUAUAUGAAGUCGUGAAAUGGACGAGUAGGGAAAGCUCUUUGACACAUGUUCAAGUGA